CGGGCUCAAGUGAUCCUCCAGGUCAGCCUCUCAAAGUGGUAGGAUUACAGACAUGAGUCACCACGCCUGGCUGAAGGCACUUCUGUAUUCUUGAGGUGUAGUACAGGGCCUGGCUUGUGGCAGUAGUUAUAGGUUGGUAUAAUAAUGAAUGAUGGAGGAGCCAAUCUGGAGUUUAAAAAAUUAAACCACAAAAAUGUAAAAGGAUAAAGCCUAAAGUAGAUGAUUGAGAGGUCAUGUAUCCAAAUCAAGACAAAGCACCCCAGGGAUAUGGGAAUUUGGAAGUGGGUGUUCCCUGGAUCCUGGAGGUCCCCCAGUGCUUGAAGUUUAAUAAGUAAGAUUUAUAGGGCAAUUGUGGUCAGCCUUUUCAUUCACAGUGUUUUCACAUACAUUGUCAUUUAAUCCUCAUACCAGGCUUGCAAAGCACCUAUUAUUAUCUUCAGUUUACAAUGGGGGGAACUCAAGGCCAGAGUUAACUUAGGGCCCACACCAUUGCUCAGUUAAGGGAGCUGGUUCUGAUCCCUGCCUCUCUUCCCAAUACCCAAGCUGCCCUUACUAUAGCCGGCUCUACAGGGAAGGGAAAUACAGAGACCUGUCAUUGCCACCACAGAAUCCCCCAAAUUCCCUUAAUCUGGUCCCUCACACGCAGGGUAGCUGCCCUCUAGGGCAAAGGGCACAGGGAAGGGGGGGCCCCAGGAGGUUAAUUAUUAACCCUUUGAGCCUCAGGGCACCACAGGCUUCUCUCCCCUCCUGGAGACAGAGGGACCCAGACUGGCCAGGGGCUGGUGGUCCCAGCCGCAGCCAUGGGGGUCGCCGGGGGUCCCCUGGCCCGGCAGCACUGUUUCCGCCACUCAGUUCCUAUCACUAUCUUCCUGCUGCUGCUUCUUUAUCUCAGUGCUCGGAUCCUGGGCACCCUCUCGGGCUGCGGAUCCUGGGCACAAGCCUGCAUUCCCGAGGGACCGCCACCUUUCCAGGGCCAGCAAGAGUUGGGAGCCCAGGUGCCCCAACGGUGGAAAGAGCCUUCCUGUCUGGAACCUCAGGGGAUGCUGGGCCGCAUGAUGAGGCCAUUCCGAGCCAGUCUGAACCCCGCAGGGGAUGUGGAGUUGUCGCAGUACUUGGCAGGAUGGAGGGAACUAGUCAAGCUCCUAACUCCCUUGGGCUCCAUCUUCACCUUCGCCACAAGCGAGGCCUCCACCAAGGUGACGGCCCUCGAGGCUCGGCUGCGCGGCCCAGACGCAGAGCACUACACUUCGCUGGCGGCCAUGGUGGCGUGGGAGCGGCGGGCCGGCCUGCUGGGGGCGCGCCGGGGCCGUCCCGGGGACUCCGGCCCGGCCCUCGGGUCACGCACGCUGCUCUUGGCACCGCUGCGCCGCGUCCCAACUUGCCUCCACCGGUGGGCCGACCGGGGCGCUCGGAGCCCGGACGCCGGCGCGCAGUGCAGCGACGCCUACCGCACGGCCCUGCCCCGCACCACCCGGGCCACCGUCAUGCUGCCCGCCUCGCCUCCCCGCCUUCCCCGGCCGCGGCCCGCCUGCUCCAGCUGUCGUGUCCCAGGAACACACGGAGGCGGAGGCCGCGGACCGCGCGGCCCAGGCACCGCACCCUGGAGGAUCACAACCGCACACCCAGGCGCAUGCCUGGCCGAGCUCGCCGCUGCAGCUGCCUGA